ACCUACUCCCCCCAUUCUUCUUCGCCUUUAUCACCUCUCUCCUCCUCCUCUCUCUCCCCUUCCUUUUACCUCAAAUCAUUUCACUUGCAUUCAUCUCCAAGCUUCUUCCCCUUCUAAAAAUCCUGAUUCCAUGGUUUGAUCCGCCUAACUUCUUCUAGAAUCUUCAUCAUCAUCCUCCUCCUCCUCUACACUGUUUAUAUACUCCUUCUCUUUCUGCUUUCCUUCUGGUUCCAAGCUUUCUGUUCUUAUCAUACCCGUUACCUUCCGGCUAGAAUGGAUUCUUUUGGUCAGAGUUGUCGCCAGACCACCAACUUCAGGUAUAAUCCAAAUUCCGGCGCGAUUAGCCACGGUGGUGAUGACGACGGGGCUGAGUUUUCCGGGAUUCUGGAAAUCUACGUUCAUCAUGCGAGGAAUAUUCACAAUAUAUGCAUCUACGAGAACCAGGACGUGUACGCGAAAUUCUCUCUCACGUACAACCCAGACGAGACCCUCUCGACGAGGAUCGUCAAUGGAGGCGGGAAAAACCCGACGUUCGAUGAGAAUCUGAGGAUGGAGAUUACCCAGAACGAUGCCGUUUUGAAAUGCGAGAUUUGGAUGUUCAGUAGGCUGAGGAACUACAUGGAGGAUCAGCUUCUGGGUUUUGCUUUGGUCCCAAUUUCUCAGGUUGCGGGAAAAGGAAAAGUCACUCAAGAGUAUAGCCUUUCUUCUACCGAUCUCUUUCAUUCUCCUGCUGGAACUGUUAAAUUGACUCUGUGUUUGAAUUUGGGCCCAUCUCUUCAAAUUAAUUCAUCUGUUAACAAUUCUGUAUCAGAAUCAGUUAAUUCUAAUACCAACUGUUCAUCCAUAUCUUCAGAAGUUGUGUUGCUUGAUAGAAAAAUCUCAGAGGUUAUGUUAGACCCGGUUGAGUUUUCCAGGAUUGAGUUUCCUGAUAUUAGUGUUGUGAGGGAGAACCAACAAAUGGUAUCUGAGUACUUCAAUUUAAAAUCUCAUGGCUCUUCUUCUUCUGCUGUUUCUGCUUCUGCUUCAGCUUCAAGGCCUAAUUCUGGAGGACUUUUGCCAUUUCUUCGCCUUUCUGCGUCUCCUCAGGUUGAUGACUAUGAAAUGACUGUGAAUUCCCCAGAUGGGAAUCAUGGAGACUCCAUUUCUCCAAAUGGAAGCAUCCAGAACUCUGGGUUCUUCAGCUCCACCACUACAACUUUAAGUGAUGAUAGAAACUCUGCAGAUUCUUCCAUUGAGAAAAAGAGUCAUAAUAUUAGCGGUGGUGAAUCAUCAAACUCUGCUAAUAUUGUAAUCCCAAGUGAUGCUAAUCAUCAUCAGAAUUCUGGUUCUUCUUGUGGUCCUGACACCCCCACUUCCAAGAAAGAAAGUGAUCAAGCCAGAGAUGAGAAAGAGGGAAAAUUUUCAGCCACAAAGGAAAAUGAGAGCAAUAACAAUAACAAGGAUAGGAACAUUGAAGCUGCAAAAUUUGGUCAAGUUUUCUCAGCUCCAUUAGGGAACAUCAAUCUUGAGGCUGAGCAAUCUGCCAUGCAACAACAGAUAGUAGACAUGUACAUGAGGAGCAUGCAACAAUUCACUGAGUCUCUGGCAAAAAUGAAGCUCCCAAUGGAUCUCAAUACACCAGACAGAGAAGAUUGUGGUGAUGUGAUUCAAAAUCAUAGCAGCAGCAACGGCAGCAGUAAAUUAGAAAUUGACAAGAAAAAUGAUCGAUCUCGCGUGUUUUAUGGAAGCCGUGCAUUCUUCUAAUCACCCUUCUUGAUGCUGGCAACACCAAGGAAGAUCAGUUUAAUUUGGUGUAACUUUUCUGAUAUAUUUAUUAUUCAGAUCAAACUGUUUUUUUUUUUUUUUUCAUUAAGCAGUCUCUUAUGUUGGUGACUAUUCUAUAAUCUUCUAGUUUAGCUGGUUUUUUCAUUCCUCACCAUUUGACUUGGCUGUAAAUGGGUUCAUGACUAGUCCUCUGUCUCUGUAGUACUUUUUUUUUCUCUAAAGUGCUUUUGAAGAGAUGUUCAUUUCUGUGGAUUUCUUUGUGAUUGCUUUCUGCAGAAUUGAAUUGUAAGGAAAGUUUCUGGUGUUGUGUCAUACAGCUAUAGGUGCCUAAAGUUGGAAACUAGUCAUUCUUAUGCUUCAAGCAUGAUUA